UAUUUAUGUGGAAGUAUUAUUCUGUGGGUGCCUAAAUUUUAAUGGCCUUCAUUAAUUUUGGUCCGAAGAAUAAGAAAUAGGUAUUAUUUGGUCUGUAUUUUAAAUCGACAUAUGUUAACCAAAAGAAUUGAGACGAAAUGUCAAGCCAUAUAAUUAAAAGAUUGUUUACUACUUCAUCUGUCAAUUUGGGCAAAAGGAAUUUUAGAAAAUUUCAAAUAUUUAAUAAACGGGGCAGUCGACAAUUCAAAAAACAACGAAUCACAAAUCCAGAUCCUGAUGUUCCUGUACACAAACGGGGUGUAAGGGACAUUGGGCAUGAACUGAAUGGAAAAUUUGUUGUAAUUCCUGAAAAAAUUCCCAAACUAAUUGUGCCCGACUUAAAGGAUUGUAAAUUACUUCCUUAUGUAUCAUAUAGAACACCUGAGAUUACUCAAACUGAAUUUACCCCUCAAGACUUGUUUAAUGUGGUUUACGCUCCAAAGAUAAUGAAAGAUUUUAAUGAGGGCAAAUUGGACGAAUAUGGGAAUAGUAUUGAGCCAUCACAGGAAGAGAAAUUAACUGCUGAAGAAGCUUUGAAUAAUGCAAGACGGACAGGUUCAGACAUAUUUUAAUUAGAUACGGUUUAUUAAAUUGAAGUUAAUAAAAAAAAUGUUGGAAUAA